AUGCCUGUGUCAAAAGCAGAUAUUGCAGCUGUUACAUUAUUAAAUCAAGAGAAAAAGACUGCAUAUGAUCAAAUACUUCAUGUUGUCUUUAAUUCUAUAACCCUAAGCUUUUUCAUUGAUGGACCCGGUGGCACAGAAAAUCCUCUUCCUAUUACUGAGUCGGCAAUUUUGACGAAAAAGAACCAAGCAAUUGAUGAAAUAAAUGAAGCCAUGAUAACCAAAUUUCUAGGAGAAGAAACAACAUACCUUAGUUUUGAUAUGAUAGAUAAUCCAUUGGAACAAGGAACAUACAUGGAUUUUCUCAAUUCCAUAAUGCCUACAGGGAUGCCAUCACAUCGUUUGGUCUUGAAAAACAAUUGCCCGAUACUCUUGUUCCGCAACAUUAACCCUUCAAAGGAACUGUGCAAUGGCACAAGAUUGAUUUGUAGAGAAUUUUAA